UCAUUUUCUUGCUUUUCUUGUAUUAUUUUGGUAUUCGGUGUGAAGGAAAAGGUUGAGGUUGCAAUAAUAUAUAUAUAUUAUUUUUCCCCCCCCUCUGGACUAAAGACGCAAUGAACCGAAAAGAAGAUUAUGAUUCCUAUGAGAUUGAAGAACCAAGUGAUGAAGAAAGAGCAAACAGCAGUUCCGAAGAUGAGCUCGACGUUCUUCUCAAUGGAACACCAGAACAGAAGAAGAAGCUCAUCCGAGAAUACUUGACAGGGGAAAGCGAGUCAUCGAGCGGGGAUGAGUUUGAGAAAGAGAUGGAGGCAGAACUGAGUAGCACUCUUAAAUCUAUGGAGUGUGGCUGGUCCAUUCCAUCAACUCAAGGUGAAACCUCUGGGAUUGGCGCAGACACUUCAACGCAGAACACAGAAAGAACACAAAAUUCUCAGCAAUAUGACAGUAUAUACUUUGACUCAGAUUCAGAUGAAGACAGCUCAGCUGGUAUCUCCAAGAAUCAGAGAAGAAAGCAGCGCAUUAUACCUACAAAUGAUGAGUUAUUAUAUGACCCAGAUGAAGAUGAUCGAGAUCAGGCUUGGGUAGAUGCCAAGAGAAAAGAGUAUAGGUACAGGUGCCAGAGAAGACCAACAUCAUCUGUGCAGAACAGAAAAAAAUCCAAGCCUCUCCCAAGCAGUGAUGCUGUUCUAAACUGUCCUGCUUGCAUGACCACACUUUGUCUGGACUGCCAAAGACAUGAGAAGUAUAGGACGCAGUACCGAGCCAUGUUUGUGAUGAACUGUACAGUCAGUAAGGAUGAAGUGCUGAAGUAUAAAGCAGGUAAAAAGAAGAACCGGCGUGGUAAGAAAGGUCGUCACGACUCCACAGACACGUCCACAGAGGCCGGCACAACUGACUCCAGGUUGGCUGGAAUGGAUGAGGAAGAGAUAUAUCACCCAGUCAAAUGCACAGAGUGUUCUACUGAAGUGGCUGUGUUUGAUAAAGAUGAGGUCUACCAUUUCUUCAACAUCCUAGCAAGCUAUAGCUAAGCACAUAGCUGUUGAGGCUGAAAUCAAUGUAUAGAGCUUGAUAAUAAGACAUGAGAGAGGGGUGUAGGGAGGUGUGCUGGAAAAGGAUUUACUUUGUUUCUUACAUUUUUACUCAUGUACACAAAAUGUAAAAAUGUGUAUAAACGUUUCAUGUUUUAA